GCGUGCCUCGGCCGCCUGACGGGAUGGGAGGAGGCAGUUGCUCAGAAAUCUCCACCGAGCUCAUUCGCUCCCUGACCGAGCUGCAGGAGCUGGAGGCUGUGUACGAACGGCUCUGCGGCGAGGAGCUGGAAUGAGAUAUGCCUAGGCUAUCGGUUAUUAUGUAAUGUGAUAACAGCAACAGUGAAGUAUUAUUUGUUAAAGCCCUAGGGAGCUUAAUGACAGAAAGUGGUGGAGAGAGAGUUGGAUGCUCUUUUGGAGCAGCAAAAUACCAUUGAAAGUAAAAUGGUCACCCUCCACCGGAUGGGUCCAAAUCUACAGUUGAUUGAAGGAGAUGCAAAGCAGCUGGCUGGAAUGAUCACCUUUACCUGCAACCUAGCUGAGAAUGUGUCAAGCAAAGUCCGUCAGCUUGACCUGGCCAAGAAUCGCCUCUAUCAAGCCAUUCAGAGAGCUGAUGACAUCUUGGACCUGAAGUUCUGCAUGGAUGGAGUUCAGACUGCUUUGAGAAAUGAAGAUUACGAGCAGGCUGCAGCCCACAUUCAUCGCUACUUGUGCCUGGACAAGUCAGUCAUCGAGCUCAGCCGACAGGGCAAAGAAGGCAGCAUGAUUGAUGCCAACCUGAAACUGCUGCAGGAAGCUGAGCAGCGUCUCAAAGCCAUUGUCACAGAGAAGUUUGCCGUUGCCACAAAGGAAGGGGAUCUGCCCCAGGUGGAGCGCUUCUUCAAGAUCUUCCCGCUGCUGGGUUUGCAUGAGGAGGGAUUAAGCAAGUUCUCAGAAUAUCUUUGCAAGCAGGUGGCCAGUAAAGCUGAGGAGAACCUCCUGUUGGUUUUAGGCACAGACAUGAGUGAUCGAAGAGCUGCAGUCAUCUUUGCAGAUACACUGACUCUUCUGUUUGAAGGAAUUGCCCGAAUUGUGGAGACCCAUCAGCCAAUAGUGGAAACAUACUAUGGGCCAGGCAGACUUUAUACCCUGAUAAAAUACCUGCAGGUGGAAUGUGACAGACAGGUAGAGAAGGUGGUCGACAAGUUCAUCAAGCAGAGGGACUAUCGACAGCAGUUUCGGCAUGUCCAGAGCAACUUGAUGAGAAAUUCUACAUCAGAAAAAAUAGAGCCAAGGGAACUGGACCCCAUCCUGACUGAGGUCACCCUGAUGAAUGCCCGCAGUGAGCUGUACCUGCGCUUCCUCAGGAAAAGGAUCAGCUCAGAUUUUGAGGUGGGGGACUCCAUGGCCUCAGAAGAAGUCAAACAAGAGCACCAGAAGUGCUUGGACAAACUCCUCAAUAACUGCCUACUGAGCUGCACCAUGCAGGAGCUCAUUGGUCUAUAUAUCACCAUGGAGGAGUACUUCAUGAGGGAGACUGUCAACAAGGCUGUGGCCCUGGACACCUACGAGAAGGGCCAGUUGACAUCCAGCAUGGUGGAUGACGUCUUCUACAUUGUUAAGAAGUGCAUCGGGCGGGCCCUGUCUAGCUCUAGCAUCGACUGCCUCUGCGCCAUGAUCAACCUCGCCACCACAGAGCUGGAGUCUGACUUCAGGGACGUCCUGUGUCACAAGCUGCGGAUGGGCUUCCCAGCCACUACCCUGCAGGACAUCCAGCGCGGAGUGACCAGUGCCGUGAGCAUCAUGCACAGCAGCCUCCAGCAGGGCAAGUUCGACACCAAAGGCAUCGAGAGCACCGACGAGGCCAAGCUGUCCUUUCUGGUGACGCUGAACAACGUGGAAGUCUGCAGCGAAAACAUCUCCACUUUGAAAAAGACGCUGGAGAGUGACUGCACCAAGCUGUUCAGCCAGGGCAUUGGAGGGGAGCAGGCCCAGGCCAAGUUUGACAGCUGCCUUUCUGACUUGGCUGCCGUGUCCGGCAAAUUCCGAGACCUCUUGCAGGAAGGGCUCACAGAGCUGAGCAGCACAGCCAUCAAGCCGCAGGUGCAGCCUUGGAUCAACACCUUCCUCUCUGUCUCCCACAAUAUCGAGGAGGAGGAAUUCAGUGACUAUGAGGCCAACGAUCCUUGGGUUCAACAGUUCAUCCUUAAUCUGGAGCAGCAAAUGGCAGAGUUCAAGGCCGGCCUGUCCCCAGUCAUCUACGACAGCCUGACCAGCCUCAUGACCAGCCUUGUCGCAGUUGAGUUGGAGAAAGUGGUGCUGAAGUCCACCUUCAACCGGCUGGGCGGUCUGCAGUUUGACAAGGAGCUGAGGUCACUCAUUGCCUACCUCACCACGGUGACCACCUGGACCAUCCGAGACAAGUUUGCCCGGCUCUCCCAGAUGGCCACGAUCCUCAAUCUGGAGCGGGUGACCGAGAUCCUAGAUUACUGGGGCGCCAACUCGGGCCCGCUGACGUGGCGCCUCACGCCUGCUGAAGUGCGCCAGGUGCUGGCCCUGCGCAUAGACUUCCGCAGCGAGGACAUCAAGAGGUUGCGCCUGUAGCUGCCGCACGAGCCCAGCCGGUUCCCCUGCUGGCAGCGGGGAAACAAGGCCUCGAUUCUGGCCGUUCUCUGUUCUCAGACCUGUGGGGGUGCUUUAUGGAACAGUGUCUCCCCAGUAGAGAGAGGUAGGUCCGCCUUGGCUCCUAACUAGGUGGGAACACCAGGGCGGGCCAGCCUUCCACACAGAGGGCCAUCCCCUCGUCCUUGGACGUGGCAGCACAUGAGCUGCCUCCCUGCCGGUCCCGAAGGACUUGGCUUGAUCUGGGGACCUGAGGUUUACUCCAAGGAGAGGCUGUGAUGUUUAUGAUCGCCCUGAAUAAACAGGCUCCUUGAAGAGA